UUCCGUCAUUCGGCGUUUCAAAUCACAGAGGCGGCAAAAACAGGGCGGACUGAAGUCAGAAAAACUUCCACAAAAAAGCAGAUUUCUGCCGCUUUCUCCUCAAAACCACCCUCGCCAAUAUGUCAGACGUGUGCCCGAGUUGCAGGAAGGUGGUGUACUUCGCUGAGAGGAAGUACUCCCUGGGUAAGAGUUGGCACAGUUUGUGUCUGAAGUGCACCAAGUGUAAACGGCAACUCAACCCUGGAGGUCACGCAGAGCAUGAGGGAAAGCCGUACUGUCACCAGCCAUGUUACAGUGCCCUGUUUGGACCUAAAGGUUACGGGCAUGGCGGUGCAGAGAGCCAUGUGUUUCUGGAGGGGCAGAUCGGAGCUGGAACUGACAACAACCCCGAGUAACAGCACCUCUGAUUGGUGCACUAUAUGUAAGGUGA